GCGCGUGCCCAAAGUCCUGCAGUCGCGGAUUUCAAGACAGCAGCUGUGUAAGGACGCAGAAACGUGCGCGCGCGUUUGUGGUGAAGUAGAGUAGUCCGUCUCUGGUGAAAUGAAGCUCAUUUUGGGCCAUGAAGGCUCGCGGGUCUUUUUCUUUGUGCUGUGCUGAACAACAAGAGGUGUUUACCGUUAACUGUACUUUUGGUGUUUGCUUUUGGUGGCUUAUUUAGCAUUUAGCCGCUCAGGAAGCGGAGAGUCGAGUGCGCGCUCAUUGAGUACCGGGAAGGAGGAGGGCUUUAAAUACUUGUGCAAUGUAGUAGCUAAAUGUCAAAAGUGUAAAAAAUGAGAGUUUGUAAUUGCAUUGUACCUGAAAAUCGAGGUGCAUUUAUUACCACAGCCAUUUAAAGAAGGUACUCCUGCAAUGGCUACAGACUCUGGAGAACCCUCUGGCACAGAUGAAUCUGAGAAACCUGAUGGAGUUACACUGAUGGAUGAUCCUAAAAAGAGUGUUGAAACGAUGACAGUUGAAACCAGCAUGGGCGAAAGUGGCGCAUCUGUUUUGGCUGUUACAGAAGGAAUGAAGAGAAAGUUUGUACGUAAAAGUGUUGAUAUUUGUGAAGAUGAUGUGCUAGACGUAUCUCUUAUAGGUGAAAAAGAGCAGUUGAUUUUGGGCAUUGGAACUACUGAUGUUGCCCUUACCUCAGAAGGUGUUGAGCAGGAGGGCAAGAAUGAACAGAUGCACCUUAAGGAGACUGCUGAUGCUUCUAGGGAUUCUCAGAAAAAGAAAAAUGAGAAAGAACUGGAGGAGGAGGCAGAGAUGAAAGCAGUAGCCACAUCUCCAAGUGGCAGGUUUUUGAAGUUUGACAUAGAGCUUGGCCGAGGUGCUUUCAAAACUGUCUACAAGGGUCUAGACACUGAGACCUGGGUUGAAGUAGCCUGGUGUGAACUGCAGGAUAGGAAACUGACGAAAGCAGAACAGCAGAGAUUUAAGGAAGAAGCUGAGAUGCUCAAGGGACUUCAGCACCCUAACAUUGUACGGUUUUAUGACUCUUGGGAAUCUACUGUCAAAAGCAAGAAGUGCAUUGUUUUGGUAACAGAGUUAAUGACAUCUGGCACUUUAAAAACGCUUUCAGUUAAAGACUUGCUAAACCAUGGUUUUUUUGCUGAUGAAACUGGGUUGAGAGUGGAAUUAGCUGAAGAUGAUGAUGAUGCUAUGAAGUCUUCACUGGCCUUAAGACUUUGGGUAGAAGAUCCUAAAAAACUGAAAGGAAAGCAAAAAGAUAACCAAGCAAUUGAGUUCAUCUUCAACCUGGAGACUGAUAUUCCCGAAGAAGUUGCACAAGAAAUAGUGAACUCUGGGUUCUUCAGCGAAAGUGACUCUAAGGUGGUGGCCAAGUCAAUCAGGGAUCGAGUCAAUCUGAUAAAAAAGACAAGGGAGAGGAAAUUGCUGAACCGAAGCAUGGAAGAUCGUCGGGAUUCUCAGUCAAAGCCAGCUGGUGUGUCCUUGUUACUGGGGGUUUCACUGAGUACAGUGUCUGCACGAGGUAUCCUUGAAGCAGAGGAAACUGAAGUGGAUCAGCACAUUAAACAGCUCCAACAGCAACAGUCUUUGCAGACUGGUUCUGUUCUUGAAAUGCCUUGCCUACUACACUAGAAAUGGUACAGAAUAUUCCUCAGCCAGUUCUGCAGACAGAGGCAGCUCAGCAAGGGCAACCCCUGACCAGUCACUACUCAUCUCAGCAGCAGCCUAUUGGACAUUGCCAGCAGAGUUCUGUGCUUCCUGAUACACAGGUUGCAUUUGGGAAUGAUCGACAAAACCUGAUUCAGCCUGGACAUCCUCAGAAUGUGAUGUGUGAUACCUCUAUAACAGCUGUCCUACCACAGAACAUAACUCUGUCUCCACAAACUCUUCCAGCACACCCAUCGGGUGUAGCAGUGGAUAAAGACAAAAUGUCUAGUUUUCAACUUGUUAACCACGUUUUAGACACUUCAGCAGCAGCAGCAUUUAAUAGCACCAUACAGACUACACAUUUUCCAGGUCAGCCUUCAGAUUCAGUACCAGGCCCAUUUCAUUUACCACAGACAGCUAUGCAGCAGGCAUUCCCACAACAGGACUGUUCUGUUCAACAAGGGCAGCCUGUACAAGUUGUGGAUCAACAGUCUGUGAACCAGCAAAAAACAUAUCCAGCCUCAGUGAACCAGCAACAGGUGAAUGUAAAUGAAUCUUCACAACAACAAGCCUUUGUGCAGUAUCCAACUGAGAAAUCUGUAUAUCUUAGUCAACAGACAUGUGGUCAGCUUUCUGUGCAGCAUCCAUCAUUUGCACAGAGUUCAACAGGGUUUGAACAGCAGCUUUCACAACCUGCUGUGGGCGAGUCUUCAGAACCACAACCUUGUUCCUCUCAGCAGGCUGCAUUUCCACCACAGCAAAUGGCAUAUCCACUGCAGCAGCCUUCAUUCCCAUCACAGGAAGUAACUUUCCCUCCACAAAAAUUAGCACAGGAUGCAGGCUUUCCUCCUCAUCAGACAGUAUCCCUUCCUCAAGAUUCUUCAUGUCUUUCACAGAAAACCGUGUACCCUUCACAGCAAACCACUUUACCAGAGCAGGCAUUUCUGUCACAGGGUAUAGGUUUGACUGCUCAUCAGCUAACACUUGCGUCACAGGACCUAAACUGUCCUACUCAGCAAACAGCAUUUGUGUUGUCAGAUUCAGGAUUUAUACCACAAGUAGAACUACUGUCACAAGAAUCAAGUUAUUCUUGUCACCAAGCAGAAUUUGUAUCACAAGACUUAACACAUGCUUCACAGCAAGCUAUUUUCCUGACACAUGAUGGUGGAAAAGUCAUUUCAACUCAUGGCAUGCCGUUGUCUGCACAGCAUGCGUCAUUUGUGUCACAAGACAAAACAGUCCCGGCAGAGCAAGUUGCAUUUGUUCCACAGGAUGGGUUACAUGUUUUGCAGCAGGCAAAUGGUGAACAUUUUCUUCAGGUGCAGCAAAAGCCUUCAGACUUGACCAGUAGGAGGCCAUCUGUUGAGCAGGUACAACCCACUUCUUUUCAGCAUCUGCCAUCAUCCACACAGCCAACGCUUCAGCAACAGCAGUCUGCUACUGUCACACUACUUCCUCAACAUUUGCCUUCAAGUAGUCAUCACCCUACCCACCAAGAAAUGAUCCAGGUACCCCAGCAGUCCAUGGGCCAGAUACAGUUACAGCAAGCAAAGAAUUUUGAAGUUUUUCUUCAGCCCCAGAUAUCGCAGCAACAUUUGAUACAUACCCCCACACAGCCUCAAAGUGCUGUUCAAACAUCUCAGUUUAUGGUAUCUCAACAACCUCUGGUCCAGAUCCAGUCACAGUGUCAGGGUUCUGUUCCAAACCAACACUCUCAGGGAGUUCAGCAGUCUGUGAUACAGAGCCAAGUACCCUCUCAGACCGUUGGUUCAAUCCAGCAGCCAUUAAUGCAGUCCCAACUGCAGCCUCAGACUGUUGCUCCAAGUCAGCAGUCUCAUAUCUCUCCACAGCCUGUUGUAACACAGCAAACCCAGGUUUCCCUGCAUCCUGUCUUACAAGUCCAGUUGCAAUCUCAGGGUGCUGUUUCAGACCAGCAGCCUGAAGUGUCACAUCAGAUUGUGGUUCAGACUCCAUUACAAACUCAAACUGUGACAACAAACCAGCAACCUUCAUCUCAUGAAUCAUUGGUACCCCAGCAGCCUCUUCUAGAGACCGAGCCACAUUCAACAACUGUCAUUACAAACCAGCAGCCUCUUGUAUCUGUGCAGUCUGUGAUAUCUCAGCAAACCCAGCUUUCCCAGCAGUCCCUGAUACAGGCUCAGAUGCAACCUCAGACAUCUGGUCUAGUUCACCAGUCCCAGAGAUCCCAACAGUCUGUUGUUUCUCAGCAGUCUGAUCUGUCCAAACAGUCUGUAGUUGAAAAUAUGUUGCAGUCUCAGAAUACAGUCCCUCCAUCACAAGCGUCCCAUCAGCCACAAGCUGAGCAACAGCACCUGCUUCAUAGUGUUAUGCCUUGUUUGAACCAGCAGUCGACCCACUCUGGCCAGGUUAAUUUGGUUUCAUCAUCAUCUGGCAUACCAUCCCAGGGGCAGCCAUUAUGUGACCAACAGUGUUUGGUGUCACAGGUUUUCCUGCAUGGUAUUGAUGCCCAAAAUGAACAUCUUGUCACCACAGGGGAGCAUCAUCUUUUAAAUCAGCAGUCAUAUAUGGAAAUUAUUCAGCAACCUUCUGCAUCCAUGCCAUGUUUUUCUUCUCUCGGAGUGACCUUAAACCAGCCUUUACUGGGACAACAAGUUCCACCACAAGGAGCAGCUUUGCAGCCAUCUUUGAACAUGCACAGUUCUGCAGCGGUUAUGCAGCCACAGAAUGUUCAGGACCUGGAACAACAGGUCUCAAUGGUUUUGUCACUGGCAACUCCUGCACCACCAUCUCUGUCUGCAUUAUCAUUACCUUUGGAUCAGCAGCAGUCACAAGCACAGAUGUUGGAACAGGCAUCUCAGCAACUCCAGUGCAUCCAACAGGAUUCUAUGGUGGAACAGCAAUCAACAGCAAAUAAAUCCUGCAACCUUCAGGACACUCCCCAAGACUUAACUGGCAAGGAGAGUUAUCCAGGUGGUGAUUAUCCAGGUGGGAAUGGAAGGCUGGAACGUCUGAAACAACAUAGAAGAUCCUCCUGUCCUCGACCAGAUAAGGUUGCAAAGUUUCAGCUUAUGAUUUUAAAGGUUCCCACUGUUGGUGAUAAUAUGGUGGAAUGCCAGUUAGAGACUCAUGAUAACAAAACUGUCACAUUCAGGUUUGAUGCGGAAGGAGAUGCACCAGAGGACAUUGCAUAUUACAUGGUUGAAGAUAAUUAUGUACAGGAGAUGGAGAAAGAGAAAUUUGUUGAAGAACUGAAGGUGGUGGUGUCUAAUGCUUUGGAGAUCCUGCAGAGCCUUUCAUUAGAGGAUCGCGUUUCUAACAUGGAACAUGCAACCACCUCAGGACUAAAUCAAGAUGGAACCACAGAUCAAGUCCAGAUACAUCCAUCAUCUUCUCAAAGUAGCAAUGAAUCUGUGCUUCAGUCCUCUCCAGUUGGUCGAUGGAGGUUCUUUGUCAAUCGAACAAUUAAGAAUCGAGAAUCAACUGUUAGAAAACAGAUAACCACUUUGGAAGAUCCCCAACUUGUUGUAGAUACAACAGGAAAGUCGCAUGAUGUUAGUAAAGUAAGAGAGGAAACGUCCCCAGAUGGAGAACAGAACCUAAUUGCUUCAACCGCUGAUGUAAUAUUAUUUUCCUCAAAUGGUACUUCAAGGUCCAUGAAUUCAGACUGCAUUCAGCAGGAAACAAUACCUCACUCACAAGUAAAUAUUCAGCCUUCUGAAAAUGACAGAAGCAGUUGUAAUACAGCUUCAGACUUUGGUCAGGAUUGUGUUGAAGGAAGUGGUUUGACUGCAGAGACUCUUGCUGAAGAUGAAAAAGAUGUGUUCCUUCCCUGGAAAUCGGGCCCUGAUCAAACUGAAUGCCAGCAAAGUCAUAUAUCAGUACCAACCAGUCUUCCUUCAUCUGAUAUUGCUCCUGCAUCUGAAAAGGAUUGUUCUAGUUCAGCUCAGAGUUUGCAGCCCAUCAUUGUUCACCAGCCUGCGGCAGUUGCACCCCCUCCUGAAGUGACAGCUGGCCUUUCAGUUCAGAGCCCACCUACAGAAGCAAGCCUUGCUCAGCCUGUAGUGUUACCUGACUCAGACAUUGAAGGUCCUCGGAAAGUGGAAUUUGUUGAUAAUAGGAUUAAAACACUAGAUGAGAAGUUGAGAAGCUUGCUGUACCAAGAACACACUGGCAGUGGUACACAUGGAGAAAGCCAGAGAGAUACCCCAAGUACAGAAUCACCAAAUUCUCUCUCAUCUAAUGAAAAUACUGUUACAGGCACAGCACAGGUAUCACUUGGUAUUACAUUAGAAUCAGCAUUGAUACCUGCUGAGACAAGACCACAUACUUCAGAUGAGAUGAUGUAUGAUGAAUCACAAGUAAUGGAGUUUAGCAGUGGGUUGGCUUCCCAGGACACACCAUUGCCUAAAGACGUGAUUGUAUCAGAAGUAACAUGCUCCUCCGAUGCAGCCACCACUGGAACCCCUGCGAGCCAGCAUACUGCAGUACCGUGUGAUGGAACUGUUCAUCUGCAGACAGGAGAUGUAGCUGCUCCUGGAAUAACAGAAGGAGUCUGUCUCCAGAGUCAGAAAGCAGUGGAUGACAAUUUAGAGACAGCUGGCCUUGUGGCACCAAAAGGAUCCUUUAAACGGGGACGCUUUCAGAUCACCUCAGUACCCCAGGAUUGUGAAGGAACAUCCUCAUCCAUCUGUAAGACUCUGUAUGGAGAAAAUGUUGCAGAAGGGAAAUCAGUAGGAACUGCAAAUUUAGAGAACAUUUGCACAGUGACAGCAGCAACUAAGGUGACGAGCAGUUCUAUCCCUGAAACUGAAACAUUAGGUCACUUCUCUAUUAUACAGACCAAGAAAGAAUUAUCUGUAAACUCAGCUGAGAAUAUUUCUGUACCAUUUGGUGCCAUGUGUGUAAGUGAUUCAGCUUCCACUGCAGCUGAAACUGAGCCACUUCCUACUGUGAUUAGUAUGGCAUCUGAGUCUGCCCUCUGUCUGAAGGAUGUCAAACGUGAUACAUUGGUCCCUAAACAGACCAGCACAGAGAGCGAAGUGUCUGUGGCACCUACUGAAGAUGUACUGCUUUUCAUGCAAGGGCUAGAAGGGAGACAUGACUCCCCCCUCUACUCUCCUUCUUCACCAAUGAGCAGUGAUAAUGAGUCAGAGAUGGAGGAUGAAGACCUGAAAGAAGAGCUGCAAAAGCUGCGUGAAAAACACAUUCAGGAGGUGGUAUCUCUCCAAGUGCAACAGAACCAAGAACUGCAAGAGCUCUAUAGACGCCUUCGCCUUACAAAGGGAAAUGAACUCUCAGAGAGCUGUCCUCAUCCACCUUCUCCAAGGCGAUCAAGAGGUCCUAGAGGGAAACCAAGAAGUCGAACACCUUCUCUGUCACAAUCUGAUAACACUACCUGCAUUACCACUGCAGAAGAGUCCAUAUGCUGUUUGAUGGACAAUUCUUGUCAACAGUCAUCUGCUAACAAAAAAAGGAUGUUCACUGAUGAUCUGCACAAACUGGUGGAUGAUUGGACAAAAGAAACAAUAGGAAGCACCCAGCUUAAGCCCAGUCUGAACCAGAUCAAGCAGACUCGACAGUGGCAGGAAAAGGACAACUGGGGUAAAUCCUUUGAGGGGACAGCAACUGUAACUUUUUGCACAUCUGGUUGGUUUCCUGCAGUAUCUCAGAUCCAUGCAACUGUACCAGCAACAUUGCCUCAAGGACUGCCAUUGUCAGUGUUCCAAGGCACAGUGUCAUCUUAUGGGGUCUCACAUUUGUGCCAGUAUUCUGCAACAGGAGGAUCAAAUUAUCCUACGCAGUGGGCAGGAGUUAAUCCCACAGCACAUCCUACAGUUGAUCUCCCUACUCAGCCAUUAGCUGGACAAUUCCAACCCAAACCUGGUUUGACGAUGUUUUCUGCCUCCUCAGUGCCGAAUGCAGCUACAGUAGUACCAUCAGGACCUAAGUAAGAAGCAUCAGCAGCAAAAAACAGUGGGUAGUUGUGCUGCUGCCAAAGAACACUGUGUCUAAAGUAACUGCUGGAGAAUGAUUACAGUAAUAGCAUUUUUUAAUUAAUAAAUUGCUAUGAAUGUUUAUUUUAGUAUAAGGUUGUGAUAAUUGGUUUUGCUUUUGGUUUUAUUUCGAUAAUUUUCAUUCUCCGGCCUGUCAUUCUUUUACUGGAUCUGCUGGCUUCCUAAACUUGUUUGUAGUAGUACCACAAAUAUGAUGUUUCCACUGAACGUUGAUUGCCUUGCAAAUGCUUUGUGGCCAAUAUCAUUACUGUUUGACUAUUGUAUGCAGAACAUCUAGGUGGAAAGACAAAUGUUAUAUGGAUGAUAUCAGACCUUUUGAAAUUCAUUGUAUGUGUAAGCAAUAACACAUGCUAAGGUAUAUGCUGAAUGCCCGAUGUGUUGUGAUUUGACCUCAAGAGGAAACUGUUUUACAACUUUGGCUUCUAUUUUGUGUAUUUCUUCAAAUCACAACCCAGCAUGUCUUAUGAAGUAGCAUUUUUUUAAUACAGUCAUUGGGGAGGGAAAGCAGUUGAAUCCAACUGGUUGAACUUUGUGGCCAAUGUCAUUACUGUUUGACUAUUGUAUGCAGAACAUCUAGGUGGAAGGACAAAUGUUAUGUGGAUGAUAUCAGACCUUUUGAAAUUCAUUGUAUGUGUAAACAAUAACACAUGCUAAGGUAUAUGCUGAAUGCCCGAUGUGUUGUGAUUUGACCUCAAGAGGAAACUGUCUUACAACUUUGGAUUCUAUUUGUGUAUUUCUUCAAAUCACAACCAGCAUGUCUUUUUGCAGAUAUGAAGUGGCAUUUUUUUAAUACAAUCAUUGGGGAGGGAAAGCAGUUGAAUCCAGCUGGUUGAACCAAGUCUGUACAUAAAUGGCUAUUAUUGACUACAUUCAUGCCUCAGAUCCUGUAGUCAGGUGUGUAUAUGUAUUUGGAAAGUGGAAGACAGCUGCAUAAGAUUUUUCACUAUGGAUUUCUGAACUGCCCUGUGUUUGUUUGUGCAUUAAAGUUAAUUUUGUUUUUCAAGAACAUGUGAGUUUUUUGUUUCUGGGAAAUUUUUGUCUUGAGUAAUUUCAAGAUAAAUUAUUUCCAGCUCUUCAUCUGUCUCCGCACAUUGUUUUGCCACCUAUUUUUUUUUCCAAUGAAAGUGGAGGACAGUGGAUGGGAGUAUUUUUCCCCAAAUAGCUGUCAGAAAAAUAAGACAGCAGUGUAAUUUGAUAGCCUCUACAUCAUUUGGAUAGCUGCAGCAGACUGGAGAAGUGGCAUAACUGUCAAACAUUUUUUAAUAAUGCUAGCACCCCAAUAACCCACCUAUCUCCAUCUUUUUAAAAAGUUCCUAGGUACAGGGGAUGGGUUAAGGGGGGACAUUAUCCCUCUCAUAAACAAAAUUAGUGGUAUGUCUUUCUACCUAUCUUAUUUAUAUGUUUAAGUUAAAAAUAAACAAACACCAGACUACUCGUGCAAACAUGUUACUUAGUGAUCUGAACCUGCACUUACGAAAGGUCCAGUAUUUUUCAUAAUUGCUUUUUUCUUGUAAAGAUCAGUUUAAAAUGUCAUUUUUUGUAGCCCAUGGGAUUUAGAUGAUUAGCAGUAAAUAUUUUAUUCAGGAUUUGAAGUAUCACUGCUCAUAAUGGCAAGGUAACAUUUUAGGGUAUUGUGCAUUUUGCAAACACUCCAGCAUGAAAUCCUUUACAGUUAUAAAACUGGACUGUGAAAUCUUUGUGUCUUGACCAUUGCUUAUAACCUGGCUUCAUGAUGGUUUAUAAAGCAGUGUAUUCUUAUUAAAGGGGGGUAGACUGUGAAUAGGAAAGACACGUUAAGCUUUUUAAUAUCUGUUAAUCUUACAGAUGUCCUUCAUAAGGAUCACUGCUACAGUAGCCUAAGGUAUUUGGGUUGUAUUCUGUACAGAGUACAACAGCUGUUCAGCUUCCAAAGCUUUCAGAGCAGCUUCUCUGCAUCAGAACAAUUACUUAACUUGCGCUGUGCUAGCUAAAGGUCAGGUUUGGGGACCAGGCCCUUCAGAGCUUUACUGCAGCCAAACAGAGCCCUCCUCUGACUGCUUUUGAGAAUUGGCAGUGUGCUAACACUGUUCCACUGCUGGGCAGAUAAGUCCCCUCAGGGGUAAAAAGCCUUCCGCUUUACUUUUUAUGACAGAAAACAUUUUUGAUCUCAAAACAUAAUUUUAGCUAGGAGAAGGUGUUUUAAUGACUGUCACAUGACUUUUGUACACUUUUAAACAAGAGUGUUACUUCUUACUUUUGUGGUAAAAAGUUGUCACAACUUUUACCACAAAAAGAAAGUUUAAUUUUACUUUUUGGGUCUGAGGUAAGUAUUUAAAGUGCUUUUUUCUGUGUUUUAAUGGGGAAACAGUUAUGUUUUACUGGCUACUGCUUUCAUGCUUUCUUGGAAGUCAGGCAUCUGUUUUGGGCAUAAUCAUAGAAAGAUCUACCAGUUCCUUCAUUUUGCUUUCUUUCAGUCACAAAAAAGAAAGACUGUUAAGGCACCUUUGCCACGACAGGCUGAUAAAAUGCUUCAGCCAUAAGUGACUCUGCUGUGGCCAGAACUGGCUCCUCAGACCACUCAUUUUCUUCCUUGCUUCCUGCUGGUGUAGUCCUUACAUCAUUGACUGGGAGGUUAGUCAUAUUCUGCUUGGCCAGAAAGUUAUGCUCAUCCUUGAGGAAGUUUUUGCUGGCAAAAGUGGGCCUGUUUCUUCAGAGUUUCCUGUCAAAAAGAAACAAAAAUUUAGACAUGUCUUCUCCUGUCUCAGCUCCCCUAGGCUGGAGUAAUUUAAUUAGCUUAGUUCAGGGUUUAGUGCAGGCUCUUGACCCAUCUUGUAUGGUUGUUUUCUGGUAAAAGAAAAAUGGAUUCUUCACUUUCUGCAAAGACUCAAGAGUUAGAACCUUAAAAUGAUUCUAAAACCAAAGGUUGUGUGUUGUAAUUCUUACUCAGAUUCUGAGGAGAGCUUGGCUUCUGCCAGUAUAUUUAAAGGAUUUUCUUUCCAUGAAACUGUUUAUAAAAUGAAUUUGUUUUUGAAAAACAAGAGAUGUUUCUCAGUCACUUAUGAAGUAUUAUGAUUUGUUGCAACUUGGAAUUUCCAGAACCUACUCCUGUUCCUCUUGUUCCAUCUACUUUGGUGAAUGUUUUUGUCACAGCGUGCAAUUUCCCUGACAGACAACCUGCUGCCCCUAAAAAGUAGAUAGAUGUUAUAAAGUCCUAAAGGCUUUUAAUUUUUUAUGCACUUAUCCCACAUCUGACCCAGCGGCUAUUGAAUUAGUGAAUCCAACUGCUGCUAAACAUCCUUCUGACAAGGAAGGGGGGAAGGCUUUUGAUAAAGUUUGGAAAAAAUGUGUUCUGACAGACUUGUUUUCAGAAUUCUCAUUUGUCAUCCUCAAAUGUUGAUGUUUGUGGUAGCCUCUUUUGAGAAUAUGAGAAAUAUUUUAGCAUCUGUUGCCUCUUGUGAGGAGAAAUCUGCUUUGUCCAACUUGGUGCCGUCUGUGUCUCAAGUUAACUACUCAGUGUUUGAAAUGUGCUUAAGAUUCUACUGAUUCCACUGCCAGGGCUAUUGUCACUGAAACUGUUAUGAGAAGGUUUACCUGGCUUUGUUCUUAAAACCUUCCACAGGAUGUAAAAAAAUGAGAUUUUGGUCCCUGUGCUGCAGAGGUCAUUAAAAAUGUGAUGAAAGAAAGAGAAAGCUAAUUCAUGGAUUCUCUGAUUUUUCAGCACUCCCUCCUUAAGUUUGCCAAGAGAUUCAUUACUCUCUCUACUACUUUCUUUAAAAAGGAAAAUAAACAGUCCAAGUAGGCUGCUGGAAAACAGCUGUUGAAAAAAACAAUGGUAGUAAGGUUCCAAAAAGAAAGCAAAAAAAAAACAAAGGACAGUCUAAUGAGUCUAAUUUGCUAUGCAAAGGAUUUCCAACACCCUCCCACCCUGUCAGUCCUUUAAUCCUUCCAGAAAGUAUGAAUCUCCAUUUCUCUCUUUGGCAAAAGAUGUUUUCAGACAGAUGGGUUUUGAGAGUAAUCCAUCAAAGUUACAGGUGUUAGUGGGAGUAUAACCCACACUUUUGGGGCGACUGUCAUUCAGCAUAUGAUUGCUCAGGGGGGUGAUAGACACUAUCCCUUCUCCUCUGUUAAGGGAAGGGUUUUUAUUCCAGGAUUUUGUGGUGCCAAAAAAAAAGAUUCUUGAACAGUUUCUGGAUCUUUCUUUUCUGAAUCAGUUUGUGAUGGUUCCUAAGUUCAAAAUGCUGUUUCUUCACAAAUUUUCCAGUGAUAUUGGAUUUUAAAAAUGUGUAUAAUCACAUUCCUAUAGUAUUUCUGUGUCUGAAUCACAUUAUCAGUUCUCUGCAUUACCCUUUGGUCUAUCUACUGUUCCAAGGGUGUUCACAAAGUGUCUAGCUCCUGUGAUAGUCUACUGCAGACUGCAAGGUAUUCACCUUUUUCCCAAAUUUAGAUGACUUGCUUAUCUUUGCACCAUCUUUUUCAAACUGUCAAGAAUCUCUGAGUUGGGCAAGGAAUCUCCUACACAGGCUUGAAUUCUAAAAGAACUUACUAAAGUCUUGUCUGACUCCUCCUUACGUGAUUAUUUAUGUGGGGUGUCUCCUGGUCACCUCCAUUCAAAGAGCUUUUCUUCCAGAGGAAAAAAAAUAGAUCUGUAUUUAAGUCUUAUCUAUUCCUGAGGUUUUCCACUCAAGACUAUCAACUCAGCAAGGGCAUUCCAUAGGGUUCUGAGUCUCAUGGCAUCUAUGAUACUCAUGAUACCUCUUGCAAGACUCCACAUGAGAAAAAUCUAGUCAUACCUGAAAUCCCUUUGGCACCAGUAUCAACAUCCACAAACAUUUCAAAUUUCAGUUUUGUUAUUUGUGAAAAAGGACAAUUUGAGGUGGAAACUCAACAUUUCUCAGAAUCAGACCUCAGAUUUUCUCUUCUUGUUCCAGCACAGUACAAGUCACAACAGACGCCUCAGACUUUCCUUGGGGAGCAGCAUCUAUGAGGAUAAAAAUGCAGGUUCUUUGGAAUAAAAAUAACAGACAAAAAAGCCUAAGCAUAAAAGAGAUGUCAGCUUGUGUAAAUGUUCUCAAUUCUCUCAACCAUCUGUGGUCUCCUUGACCUCUUCAAGUAUUUAUAGACAAUAUCACAGUGACGUGAUACAUAUAGUAGCAAGGGAAAACCAGAACUUACAGAUUGUGUAGAGACCAGGCUUUUUAGGCUGGGGUGUAACAUUUCAGCAAAUCUUACCCUUUAGGCAUCUUACAGAGCAAAGUUGUGAGGAAGUCCAGCUGACCAGGACCAUGACAAAUGCUCAUUAAUGGAAAAUGAAUAGGGUGGGAGGGGGUUCUAAGAAUUAAUCCAGCUGUGGGAAACACUUGAAAUAUAUUUAUUUGCCUCUACUCACAACAAUCAGUUGGUAAAAUUCUUCUCCAGGACUGUAUACUUUUCCACUUUGCCAACUAAUAUUCAGGGUCAUUCUGUAGAUUUAAGACUCCCCAAAGAUAAUUAGGAUUCCCUUUUGGCCCAGGCAACAGUGGUUCUCUCUCCUUUUGGAGAUGGCCAUUGGCAAAUACCACAAGCUUCUUCAUAGGCUGGAUUUAAUCAAAGAUAAAGGUUGUUUGAUACAUCCCGACCCCAAACAAUUGACUGCCUGGAUGGUAGAAUUUUAAUACCUUUUAGGCACCAUUUUGUUGAAGACAUGAAGCAGGAUUUAAUGGAGGCAAGAAAGCCUGCUACUCGAAAAUUAUACAUUAGCAAAUGGAAAAGAUUUUCUGGUUGGUGCCAACAAAAAGACCAGCACCCGCUGAAGACUUAUAUUUUUCUAGUUGUACAGUAUUUGUGUGAGUUUCUUUCUAAUGGCAUGUCUUAUAUCGUCCAUUUUAGCAUGUCUGCCCAUAGAUCUCCCGCUUUCAAUGCAAUCUCGUGAACAUGGUUUUGAAAGGGGUGUUGCAAAAGAAGCCACCUAGGAAACAGGUGGCUCUUCCUUAGGUUCUUAAUUUUGUGUUAAGUCUAGUACUUGCUCCAUUUGAACCAGCUGAUCAAGCUGACUUUGAGGUUCAUAACAUGGAAACUGUUCUGCUCUACAAGAAGAGUAUCUGAGUUGCAGUCUCUCAUGAUAAGUCAACCUUAUCACAUUUUCUGCAAAUAUAGGGUUUCCUUCAGAAUUAAACCUUCAUUAUGUUUAAAGUGUUAUCCAGGUUUACCGUAAGCCAAGCUAUCUGUCUCCCUGUAUUCUUUCUAGAACCUACAGAUGAGGGAGAGAGGAUUCUCCAUACCUUGGAUGUCCACAGACAACUUGGUUACUGUCUUGACAGAACAAAAUCUUGCAGAUCUUCAUAUCACUUGUUCAUUUCUAGUGAAGGUAAGAAAAAAGAAGAUGUCAAGGCAGACUAUUUCAAAUUGUUUGGCUCAUCCUGUUACUUUUUGUUAUACCCACCACAACAGAACAAUUACAGGCAGGGAAAAGACUCACUCUGCCAGAGCUUAGGCUUCAUCUGUGCCUUUUGGAAAAGUGUUGGGUGCUAGAGGUAUUCUAGAAGCAGCAAAUUGAUCCUCUUUGGGCACUCACAAAACACUAUUAAUGUGAUUCCUCCACCAGGUUUAGGAUAGGCUGUUUCAUGCCAUUACUUUUUUGUUAUACCCACCACAAUAAAACAAUUCCAGGCAGGAAAAGGCUCACUUUACCAGAGUCUAGGCUUCGUUUCUGGCAUUUGGAAAGUGUUGAGUGCUAGAAGUAUUCUAGAAGCAGCAAAUCUAUCCUCUGUGCACACUUUUACAAAGCACUAUAAAUAUGAUUUGUUCUCCAGGUUUAGGACAGACUUUGCUAGGACCAUUCUCCAAGGGCUCUUGGUCCCUUGUCCUUCAACCUUUCAGUAAUCUACCCAUAUAGCUUAGGUUACUGCAGCAGUGAUCCUUAUGAAGAACAUAGUACAGUUGUGUAAAUAAACUUAUCAUAACAGUGGAUGUUCAAACGAUCUCUGCUGCAGUAGCCAGUCCUUCUCUCCAUCCCCCUUAUUUUUUGUAUGUUAUUUUUUGCCGGGUUGUGGAUUUUUUUACUGCUAUAUUCCUAGCAUUGUCCUUUCAGGGAUUUAGCCUUCCUCUCUCUGUUAACAUGAAAGCUUUGAAGGGCUUUGCACUCAAUCUUGACCUUUAUCCAGCUCAGUUUGAACUAACUCUAUGGGUGUGUAAAGGUACUCUGAAAAGUUGGAAAGCUGGCUGGCUUGCUGUAUCCUGUACAGGACACAACCCAUAUAGUAACAAUCUGCUGCAACAGUGAUCAUUCUAAUAUCUACUGCUAUGCUAAAUUUAUUUACACAACUGUACUUUGAUAAUAUUUGACUGAAAAUUAUCAUAUGUUUAUAUAUUUUUUAUUUAGUUUUUGUUGCAGCUUAUCAGUAUUCCUUAGUCACAGG